GGUUGGACCGUGCCGGCCUCAGACCGUGAGACCCCGGCUUACGCGCUCUCGCCAGAGGCUGCCGGCCGCAGUAUGGUUCGAAUGUUUGUUCCGGCGGCACUCUGGCUGUGCGUGACGCUGCUCGGUCAACACAAUGUCCAGGGAGCACCGAGGCCCGUUCGUCAGAUCAGUCCAGUUGACCAUGGUCCGUACACGGCCACCGUCCAUGCGACACCGUUCAUGUCAUCGGGAGUCCUGGGCGGCAUCGGAUCGGCGCUGGGCAGCGUCGGGUCCGCUCUCGGUGGCCUGCACAGCACCGUAAUGGACGGCCUGCACGGGGCACUGCACGGCAGCAGCAUGUUGGGAGGCGUCCCGGGAUUCCACACUCCGCUGACCGCGGCGAGCCACUUGCUGUCGGGGACGUUCGGCGCUGUGGGACACCACCUGGGCGGCCUAAUGGGGGCAAGCCCUCUAGGAGGCCUCGCCUCACCACUUGCGGCACCGCUUUCGGCCCUGUCUCCCGGCCUCCCUGACCUCGCCAGCGGCAUGGUGCCCGGCAGCGGCGGUGGCGGCAUGUCCGUGCUCACUCACACCGUCCACUACGGCAGUUCGGGCGACGUGGGCCUCGCCGCGGCCGAACACCAGCACCUUACCAGCACGGCCCACCAGCACAGCCUUCUGGCCAGCCAGGCGUUGGCCGCUGCGGACGCCGUCGAGAACGCCCAACUGCAGGCCGCUCUUGCCCGGAGGCACCUGAUCCACAAGGCCCUAACGCAUCAGAGCCUCGCAAGCCAGGCACAGAUGAUGGCCCACGACGCCCACGCGCGUCUACUUCAAGCACAGGCGGCGCACGCUACUGUGACGUCCAUGUACCAUAAUGGUUUUGGCCAAGGGUAUCCCGUAAUGGGAAUUCCCACAAUGAUGCCCGUAGGCUACGUUGAGAACCCUCUUCACAGCAUCAUAAGGAAACAUUGCACGACGGUACGUUACAUCAACGGAGGCGGUGGCAUGCACCCAAUGCCGUUGGGUCUCUCGAAUGGUCUCGGAUUCGGAGGAGCUUACCCCUACGGCGUGCACAAUGUCGUGAACUUCGGGCACGGACUGGGCGUCUAUGGCAUGCAUGGUGCAUAUGGAAGUAGUCCACUUUUCGGCAGUGGGGCUGCUGCGCUUCACGGUGGCUUCGGCAUGGGCGUUUCAACGUUGCAUGGUGGUUACGGAGGUCUUUACAGCGGCGGUUUGGGAGAUCUUCACGGAAGUCUCGGAUACGGCGCAGGCAGUCUAUAUCACGGUAUUCACAGCGGGCUUGGAUAUGGCGCAGCGGGUCUUUACCAUGGUCUUCACAGCGGUCUGGGAUACGGCGCAGCCGGUAUGCAUGGUCUCUACCACGGUCUUCACGGUGGCCUCGGAUACGGUGCCGCUAGUCUUUAUCACGGAGUCCACGGUGGCUACGGUUACCACGGCUACGGAGCCGCUGGUUUUCAUGGACUCCACAGCGGUUUAGGCUACGGAGCCGCCGGUCUUUACCACGGACUUCACAGUGGUUUGGGCUACGGAGCCGCUGGAGUUUACCACGGAAUGCACGGUGGCGUUGGCUACGGAGCCGCCGGUAUUUACCACGGACUCCACGGUGGUAUGGGCUACGGAGCAGCUGGACUUUACCACGGACUCCAUGGUGGUAUGGGCUACGGAGCAGCUGGACUUUACCACGGACUCCACGGUGGUAUGGGCUACGGAGCAGCUGGACUUUACCACGGAGUCCACGGUGGUAUGGGCUACGGAGCAGCUGGACUUUACCACGGCUUGCAUGGUGGUCUCGGGCACGCGGCUUAUGGCCUGCACAGCGGAAUGGGACUCGCUGGUGGCAAUCUUGCUUACGGCGCCGGAGGAAUGUUCGGAGCCCACCACCCUCUUCACACGGCCAUGCAUUCGUCAAGCUUCUCAAGCUACGGUGGUAGCUUCGGUUACGGCGCAGGCCCCGGUCUGGUUCGCCGCUGACAGUCAUUAGGCAGUUGCCGUACAUGGCGUGGAGAAAGAGACCGAGCUGUUUCCAUCGCAAACUUGAAUUAUGUCUUAAGAAUAAAACAUUUAUACCCAAUU